UUCAUGAUUUCUCUAUGUAACAUUCAAAUUGUCCCAAAACUUACAAAAUUUUGUGUAGAUAUUGUAUAAAAAAAAUGGAGAGCACCGGUUUGAUGUCCGGUUCGAACCACCUUCAACUUCCACCGGGGUUUCGGUUCCACCCGACCGACGAGGAGCUCGUGGUUCAUUACCUCGAGAAAAAGGUAGCUUCCGCUCCUUUGUCGGUCACAAUCAUAGCUGAGGUUCAUCUUUACAAAUUCGAUCCAUGGGAAUUACCAAGUAAGGCAAAUUUUGGGGAGCAAGAAUGGUAUUUUUUUAGUCCGAGAGAUAGAAAGUAUCCGAACGGGGCGAGGCCUAAUCGGGCGGCAACUUCAGGUUAUUGGAAGGCUACUGGAACAGACAAGCCAAUAUUUACAAGCAAUGGUACUAAAAAGAUUGGUGUGAAAAAGACACUUAUUUUCUACCGGGGAAAGCCUCUUAAAGGAAUGAAAUCCAAUUGGGUCAUGCAUGAAUAUCGCCUUGUUGAUAAUAAUUCUUCUCUAACCAAGAAAUGCUCUUUACGGCUUGAUGAUUGGGUAUUGUGUCGGAUUUACAAGAAAAACAGUUCAAGUACAAUAAUGGAAAUGGACAAGGAGGAUUCUAUUGAGGACACAACAGGUUCAACUUCGAUAUUGCCAGCUUCAUCAAUGAAUUAUUUCGACCAAAAUCCAAGUAUAGGAGCUUUAAGAGUAGGUUCUAAUUUUGAUGAGCUUUUUGAAAAUGACAUGAAAAUGGCCAAAAAUGAAUAUGAAAAUGGCAAUGAUACGCCAUUAAUGGAGGGAAAUUCGAGUUCAUUUCUUACAAUGCUCAAUCAAAUUUCACCCAGAAGUUCACAGCUCAAUUCUUGGUUUUCUGGCUACAGAUAGAGUUAUUUUUUACCAAUACAUUAAUUUUAUUGAGAAGUUUAUUUCAAUGGUUGAAUUUUAGGAUAUUGGUUUUAAGGUUUUUUGGAAGGAAUAUACUUGCGAGAGAAUGAAAUUAUAUACUGCAAAAUAAUUUACUCUUCCUGUCGCAAUUUAAUUUUUCUUGGGACGAGGGUCUAUCUAAAAUAGUCUUUCUACCCUAUAAAGAUAGGGAUAAUGUUUGCGUACACCUCACACUCUUUAGUUUAUGGGAUCAUAUUGAGUAUGUUGUUAUCUUUGUUGUUGUCGCAGUUUAAUUAUUUAUUCUCGAAUUUUAGUUAUAUGAACUUAAUUAACAUCACAUGGCCUAGAGCUAAAUUCUGUUUUAGUUUUGGACUUUGUUAGUUUCAAGGUUUAGAUACUUGUC